AUGUCAGCAACGUAUGAUUAUUUUUGGGAAUUAGCAUCUUUAGAUUCUUCUAUUCGAAAAAAAGCUGCUGGAGAAUUAAUUAACCACCUAUAUGAAAAGUUUGAUAAUACAAAAGCGAAUAUCGAUUCAGCUGAUGAUUUCAAUGAUUUUUCAAAGGUUACGGAGAUAUCGGAAAAGCUAUUCGGACCCGAAGUAGCUUAUUCAUUGAUUCGCUUGACUAGAGGUUUGGCAAGUCCACGUGCAGGUGCCAGACAUGGUUUUGCAUUGGCGUUGACAGAGCUUCUUGCAAAUCUAGAUGGCAUUACAUUUAAAAUUGUCAUUACAUUUAUCAAUGAAGCUUGCCCUAUUUCAGCUUCUAAAGAUCAGGAAGGUUCUGAUAUCAUUUUUGGCCGUGUUUUUGGUUAUAUGGCUAUUAUUCGAUCUGGCAUCCUUUGGCGUGAAAAUUCAUCCGAAAAUGACUAUCUCGAGACUGUCAACGGUCUACUUGCUUGUGCGAAAUGUAAAUUAUACGUUAGAGAAGCCUGCUAUCGUAUUAUUAUUUCUACUAUACCUCAGACGGUACCUUUCGAAGAAAAAGCAAUAUCUUAUUUAAUAGAAGUUUUGCAGGAUCAUAGUACACAUGGAAUUAGCAAUCCUGAUGAUGUUAGUUUAGCCCUUGCUAUCAAUGAACAAUAUCCGUUGUCUGUCUUUGAACAAGUCGAUAAAGACAAAGCUGUAAUCAUAGUAAUGCAACUUUUAGGUCAUAGUUGUAACAAAAAUUUCGUUAGAUUCUUUAAUACUAAAGCUAUUAAGAAAGUUUUUGGUACAUUAGAUAGCGAAGCACUUGAACAAUAUUUAUCACAUCUUAAAAAAAUUUUUUUAUAUCCGAAUGAAAUUCAAUUGAGAAUGAAGCUUGACACAGGAAUAUCUGAUAAUUCAGAAAAAACUCAUGUCUUAUUUGAAUUACCAAUACCAAAGCUCUCAGAAAAAACUCAAAAGUGUUGUCGGACACGUUUUUUUCAUGCACUUGGUGAAUUGUGUUCUAUUCGUUCUUUAGACCAUGAAACGUCCAGCCAUCAAUUAAACGGUACCAUGAGUGAUGGCUGUGCAUGGGCUUAUUAUGCUGUAAAUUUAAUGAAAAAGUAUUAUGACGAUUCUCAAAUAGAGCCAUUGAUAGUUUUAAGUAAUGAAGCUCAAAAAAUGAAAGAUGAAGUCAUUAUACUUUUGCAACAAAUCAGUGAUAAGCCUUCAAAAAAAUUGAAAAACACAAAUGAAAAUAAUCAAGAUAUGCAUAACCCUGUUGAUGUUAUUGUAGAUAUUCUACUUGGAUUUCUUGCAAAACCAUCUUCAUUUUUACACAAGAUGUCAGAACAAAUAUUUAAGAUUUUUUGUGGUGAUAUCACAAAAUCGUCAUUGGAUGUAAUGAUUGAACUGUUGAGCAAAAAAAAAGAUAAUGAGGACGACCAAAUGAUGGAUAUUGAUGAUGUUGAUGAAGGCAGUGUUGACGAACUAGAUGACGAACUAGAUGACGAACUUGAUGACGAACACAUUGAUGAAGAAUUAUAUAAAUCAGCGACGCAAGAAUUGAAAGCAUCAAGUUUAAAGGCCAUGGGUGAAGGUAGUGAUGACAAUGACGAUGAUUUAGAUAAUCAAGAUGAAAUAAUGGAAGAAUUAGACUCUAAAUUAAUGAUGUAUUUUGAACAGCAAAAACUAGAAAAGGCAAAGAAAAAAGAUGCAAAAUAUCAAAAAAUUCAUUUUAAACAUAAAGUUAUUGGUCUAUUACGGGUUUUUAUUCGGUCCCAACCGACUAAUCCACUGAUUUUUGAACUACUUGUUCCUUUGCUUGAACUUUCUAAGAAUGCAAAAACCGACGAAAUUGCAAAAAGUGCAUUUUCUCUGAUAACCUUUAAAGUCAGUGUUAUAAAAGAUAUGCCCAGCCAAUUUGAUGAUGAUCGUGUUCUCACUUUAUUGCAACAAACACAUCAUAUGGCUCUAAAAGCUUGCUACUGCGACCUGGCAACUUUGUGUUGGAAAACUAGCACCUUUCUGCUCAAAUCUCUGAUAAAAAGUCAUACAGACGGCUUGAACAAUGACGCAGGGGAUUUGCAUUUAAAUAAAAAAGUAAAAAAAAUCGUCAGUAUUUAUGAGUCUACAUAUGAAAAGUGGAUUAGAAAUACAUGGGAUGCAGAUCAUCUUCAACCGUUAUUAGAAAAAAUUAAAGAGCUUCCAAGAUUCAAAUCUUCACAAACAAUUAGAAAUUCUAUUGAUGAAAUAAUUCGUAUUAUUUCAUGA